UAUAUUAAUCUCUUCCUUCAGCAACAAAAUGAUCAUCAUGACCGACCCAAAUCAUGAUGGUUCAUGAUAUUGAAACACUCUUCAAUUACCUGAUUAAGCAUCCACUUGAAGCCCAUAACUCUUCAACAAGGUCUCAAACCAUCCACUAACAUUGAUAUUUGCAUUGUCAGUAUGCAAAAAAAUCCGAUAGGUUGUGAGUAGUGCAAGUAGGGUGCUUUCCAUUCUUCUACACUAGAAAUAUGACAUGAGUGUUGAUGACUCUCUUUUCCAAUAACUUGGUAUUUACACAAACUCUUAUUGGUUUCUCUAAAUUAACUAAACAAAUGUAUAGUCCACAUGUUGCAGCCAUGACUAAAAGUACCAACCUCAAUGUUGAUGGAAAAUUCUUAGUAUGUCCAUGGAAUCCUCAAAAAUGAAGUAGUCACCACAUGUCACAAUGAAAUUGUAAGCUAAUGUGAUUAAGAUUCAAGACAGAGAAAAAAAAAUGAUGAUAGCAAUGAUUGAUACUGCCUAGUUUUCUCACCUUCUCCAGGACAAAUAAUUGUUGAAUCAUGUUUGGAAUGAAGACAACAACAAAUAUCCCUCUUCUUGAGCUGACAAAAGUUAAUUCGAGAGCUGAGCAGUGGCGAAGAGCGAAAUCUAGAGCGGAGAAGAACGGAACUGAAUCCGGGCGGAGCAAACACGCUGUAUUUCGAACCCUAGCUGAGGCGCCACAAGGAGGUGCUCGCGGCGGCUACUACGGAGAAGGAAUGGCCAGCGACUGUCGCGCGGCGGUUUUGUCGACGCUGAUGGUGGACGAGGCGUGGCAUCUCUCGACGCUGAAGGCCUGGUUCACGAGGGUUUGGAAGUGGUGGAGCACGCAGUAGUGGCCCGUCGAUGCAGGCAGCGGUGGGAUCUCCGGAAAUGACAUCUUAGAGUUUAAGUGUUGCGUUGAGCGCGAGAGAGAAAGGGAUGGAGGAGCAAGCUAUUCUGAGCAGGCGCACAGUGGCCGUGACGAGGCUCGCCGGAAUCUUCGCCAGCGUUUGAGCGCAGUGAGGGGUAAAGGAGGAAGCCUGAUGCGUUUGUUGUAUGGAGUAGAAGAGACCGAGUGUUCUGUUCUGUGUUGGCUUUUGUGUGUAAUGAUUGCGGAGAAGAAGAAUAACCUGAAAUUGGGAGAGAAGAGACAAUCAAAUUUUUGGAGGAACGGUUGAAAAAAAUGAAAAUUAGCUUUUAGAUAAUUCACCAGGUUCAUCUAAAUCAUGUUAAGUUGACGUGUUGAGGCUCAAUGAACCACACAAGAACAUCAUCGUCUAUUCUUCUGUCACAACUGUCACGAUCCCGCCACUUUACCACAAUUCUCACACUCCAUCUCCUUCAUUCAAUGAUUCCACUUGGUUUCAAAGUGAACAUAGAAAAAAAAAAGAUUCAUUUGGUUUGAGUCUCUUUCACUUUUACACCCCUCACCGUCUUCUAGUUCCAUGUAACACCACGUCGCAAGAAAACAAAACCAAUAAGGGAGGUGGUGAGGAAAAUAUGGAGCACUUUGUUGUGGUGGUCCUCAGUUCUCUCUCUCUAACACUUUCCUCCUUUAUAUAAUUCCUUUGCCAUCACCCUAUUGCAGCCAUUCUUCCAUAUGGAGGGGUUGGAGCCAAAGGUGGUGAUGAGGGGUGAGAGGUUGAAGAGGGAUAUGGUAGAUUGUGGUGAUAACCAAAAAGGGUACGUGGAGCUUCGGCAGGAGAAGAAGAAGAAGAAGAAAGGCGAGGAAGGGAAGAAAGGGUGUGUUAAUGGUGGCAUGCUGUGUUGUCAAGCGGAGAAGUGCAACGCAGAUCUGCAUGAGGCCAAGCAAUACCACCGGAGGCACAAGGUGUGUGAGUGUCAUGCCAAGGCUCAGGUUGUGCUUGUUCAUGGCACCAAACAACGGUUCUGUCAGCAAUGUAGCAGGUUUGGGAGAUUCCACGAGUUGUCAGAAUUUGAUGAUGCAAAAAGAAGUUGCCGCAGGCGUUUGGCUGUACACAAUGAACGGAGGAGAAAGAACUCUUCUGAUCAAUCUCAAGCAGAAGGGUCAAGCCACCACAAAGGGUCAGAGGUCCCUCAAAUGAAGGACAUUGCUUGUGGUCAGGCUAAUGAUAGGGGAAGAACUCAUAUAACGAUACAAGAAAAUUCUGCUUACAAAAAGUUUCAAAUUAGAUAAGAUCUGCUUUUGUCCUUAAGUUGCUCUCUCUCUUCUGUCAUCUUGGUGAUGGAUUGGUGAAACAGUUUCUGUGUCACAUUCACGCUGAAGAUUGCAUUUAGAUAAAUAACUUCAAAAAUAAAACUAACAUAAUGGUGUUGCAGUAAAUUAUGCACUUCUUCCCAUUAUGUUCAACCAUUAUGCUUGACAUAUCUUAACAUAAUACUCUAUGAUUUGUGCUACAUGCCUUGCAUUAUGUGCUAAGCAGCGAAAUUUUUUAUUUGGUUAUAUUACAAAUUACAAUAACUGAUACUACUAACAUUGGUUCUUUUGGUUAGAGAAAAUAAAGGUACAUAACAUGUUUUGUCACCUAAAUAUAGCUUUGGCCUACACUAGGUCAAGUUGGCUAUGAGAAUCCCUUUUGUCAAUUUGCUAUGGGAUAAGAUAUGUGCCGAACGCACAAUGAGAUCAAUUGCUUUUGCAUGCUGAAAGAACAAAG